AUGAAUUCCGCGUUGGACGUGAGAAUAGCCACUGUGUUAAAACAAUUAUUUGAUGAAGGUGCUCUAAUUUCAAGAAUGUGCUGUAAAGUAAGGAAAAAAUUUCGAGGAGAGAAACUUUUUAGACGCCUCAGACAAAUUACUGUUUCAAUAAAGAAACUCCAUCAACUAAACAUCUCCGAGGCUAUAUUUAUUAAACAAGCUUGUCAGUGGGAUGGUACUCGUAUUUUACCAGCUUUAAGUAUAAUCAAUCGACUACAGCAGUUCAGUGAAGCUACAGCUCAACUGAUAGUGAAAGUGUUCCAGAAUGGUCAAUGUUGGUUAGAAAUGAAUAUUGCCCUUGCUAUGGUUAGCAGAGUGUGGAUACUUACCAAGUCGUUGAACAAAUCAUUUUCACGGUCCUGUCAAAAUUGUACACCUCUACUGAAUCAAUCAAAAAUGUCUGAAACCCAAUGGCUACCAAAUUUUAAACUACCUGAAUGUUUAAAUAAUAAUAUAUUAGAAAAUAGUCAAAGUGAGUCAAUUGAGGAACUUGUAGAAAGACCAGGUUCUGUUAUGCGUCGUAAACCAGAACCAGAAGACCCAGUUAUAAAAAAAAGAAAAAGACCCGGAAAACAAAUUAGAAUGUUACUAGAAAAACAUAAAAAUAAAAUUUAA